ACAAUUUAAAAUAAAAAUACUAUGUUUCAUUUAUUCAAUCAAUAUUUUAACUAAAUUACAAGGAUAACAAUGUCUCUAUUUGGGUUUGAUAAAAAGUUCUAGCUCAGCUAAGCUGGAUAAGGAUUUUAAUAGAGAAGUGUAAACAAGCUCGAUAAGUACUAAAUGAACAAUCUUGAACAUGGUCAAACUUGGCUUGACCUGGUUUGGCUCAUUUUCACCCUUAGAAAGGAGCUACCUGCCCAAAUAAAACCAGAGAGAUGAGAGACUUGUGUUUCUAAUUGGGGAAUCCUCCCUUAUGAGUCAUUUGUAACCUACACGAAGUGUUCCAUUUGAAAUUUCUCCACUAUCCAUUAUUCUCUCUUUUUUCCAUGUAUGUAAGAGAUUAUAUUUAUGCAUCUACAAACAUCUAGAAAGUUCAAUUCCAACCUUAAGGAACAACCUAAUUUGUUUGCUGGUCUUUUACAUUCACAUCAUCUUAAUCUUCUUUUGAACCUUCCAUAAUUUGGAUCGCUGUGGUUCUAGUAUUGACCGAGAGUUUCAAUUGGUUCAUAGGGUCUCAACAAGUGACUUCCUAUAUGUAGUUAAAUAUGAGUCAAUUAGCAUUACAGAAAAAUUAAAAAAUAACAACUAAAAACUAGAAAAGAGAAGAUUCUGGAUGUAUGUAAUGAUCAACAUAAAAAAUGAGAGAUGAGCCAAAUUGGUGGUUUGGAUCACUUAGAUCUGGUUCUUUUAAUACUUAGUCUUGGUCGAGCCCUCAGGCAAUUUAUUUGUUUGCCUCUCAACCAAAAUCAUUUGAUAUACCAUGCAUGCUAGUUUGAUAACCUAAUGAGAUCUAUAUGCAGUUGUGGAUCAGUAAUCUUGCUAAAUCACAUGAACUUUUGUCUGUUUGAACUUAUUUGUUUUAGUUUUUUUUCCUUUGUGUUCUUUGUCUUUUCUAUAACUUUCUCUCCUUGCCACGGACAAGUUGUUGAAUUUCUAAACUUACUGUGAUGGUGAACCUAUUUGUUCUAGUUUGUUUUCUGAGUUCAUCUUGUCUAUAUUUUUUGCUCCUUGUUGCUAGUUAUUCAAUUUCUAAAAUUAUUAUGAUCGGCAGUAUUUCUAGGACUUGAAUUUUGGUCUCGAGUUUAGGAAUGUCUCGAGUUCAAGAAUGAUAGUUGAGAAGAAUCUCUGAGAAUUCUAUAGAGAUGACAGUUUAUAUAUGCAGAGUUUGUUUUCUCAGUAAGUGAUAUAUAAAUAACAUAACUUCUUUAGUAUGUUUAGGGACUACUAGUUUUAUGGGAUAUCUCGGAUGUGACAACAUGACUUCUUUAGCUAUGGGACAAUGGCCAUCUCGUAUAUUUCACCAUUUUUAAUCAAGAUGUUUAUUUAUCUUCAGAACUUGCAAGAUAAUAUAAAUUUGUUAAGACAUGGUUAUUCAACCGAGUUGUUUGAGCAUUGUUACUCUACUAGGAAAUUAGUCAAUCAUUAAUAAUCGAGGAAAUAGCUACCUGAAAACAUGAUUAGGUAUGAGAUUUCCCUUCAUGCUACCCUGUAAGCCUUCAAUUCGAGGGCAAUCUGUUGAGAAAUUCUGAUGUUUGGUAUAAAAAUGAGCUCCUUGUUGAUUGAUCAGGAUUAAGCCUAGACACCUUGGCAUCAGUAGGUUCAGGUCAUGUUUUCUAAUGAAACAUUCUUUUUGAGGUACAAUCUUAGGUUCCUUCCAAGCUCAAGCUCCUUUUUGGGGUGCAUGAUUUUAAAUCUCACGCAGUGUAUGAAAACACAUACACGAGCCUGUUGAUCUUCCUAUAAGAUUUCCUGCAACCCCCGGACUUUGCAUGCUAAAAGAUUCCAAAUGCCAUCGUUUUCAAAUCAAUAGCUGUUUCUGCAAUUCUUAUCUAUUAAACUCAUCACUGUACAACAUCGCUUGAUCCCAAAGUAUAGUGUGCAUUUUUGCCGGUUUUCUUUUCUUCCAGUGGAAGUCAACUCAAUGAUACUUCAAACUGUAUGACAGUAGACUGAACAUGCCCAUCCAAAUUUUCUAAUUAACUAGCUGCCUUUGCUGUGCUGACUUCCUGUUACCAUCAUGCUUCGUUCAAGUGUUUUACUUUAUCAAGAUUGAUUAAAAAAGGAUAAAAUCUUGUGUUCCCUUUCCAUUCGAUUGCUUCUGAAUUGGUCAUGACUUUUGCAACUGUUUGUGAGAUUCUGUUCAACUGCCUUCUUCUUAAAGAAUUGGACGUGCUGUUAUGCUGUAGAUGUGGGCGAAGUAAUACUGGUGACCUACUUGUACAAGAAGCACAAUUCGCGGGAACUCGUUCACGCAACUUUUCGUGCUGCUUAUCUUCGCACUAAAUAUCUCUUUUGCUUAGAAAAUUAAGAUGCAGAUCUUGCUAAUUUUUCUUCCUCUGUUUCCAUUUUUUGCUGAAGAAACUGAAAGAAGCUGCCGUAAAAAACCUGCACCGGCAUGGCGUUUCUUCACAGAAUUCAUGGUCUCUCAUGGUGCUGCACGUGAAAGGGACCUCAGAUUGGCUUUGGCUACAGCUGGAAGUAACGAAGAACCAGAGAGAAGCUAUAAAUUGCUGGUGGGAUUAGUUGGAGGAGGUAGGGGGCAAGGAAGAGAGCCAUGGACAAGCAUUCGAAGGCCUGCCACAGGAGUCUCCCCAAGCGUAUCAUUCUGGUCCGGCACGGGGAGAGCCAGGGCAACCUGGACAUGGCUGCGUACACCACCACGCCGGACUAUCGGAUCCCACUCACGCGGCUGGGCGUCGAGCAGGCUCGCACCGCCGGGGAGAAGAUCAAGGUGGUGGUGUCGGAAGGCGAGCGGUGGAAGGUCUACUUCUACGUGUCGCCGUACGAACGUACACGGGCGACGCUGCGGGAGAUCGGCCGCGCCUUCUCCCGGGGAAGGAUCAUCGGCGCCCGGGAGGAGUGCCGAAUCCGCGAGCAGGACUUCGGCAACUUCCAGGUGGAGGAGCGGAUGAAGGCCAUCAAGCAGACGCGGGAGCGCUUCGGCCGCUUCUUCUUCCGCUUCCCGGAGGGCGAGUCCGCCGCCGACGUCUUCGACCGCGUCGCGAGCUUCAUGGAGUCGCUGUGGCGAGACAUCGAGAUGAGGCGGCUGGAGCAGGACGAGAGCAUGGAUCUGAAUAUGGUGAUCGUGUCGCACGGGCUGACGUCGAGGGUGUUCCUGAUGAAGUGGUUCAAGUGGACGGUGGAACAGUUCGAGAUGCUGAGCAACCUGGACAACUGCGAGCUCCGCGUGAUGCAGCUCGGCCCCGGCGGCGAGUACAGCCUCGCCAUCCACCACUCCCGGGAGGAGCUCCAGCGUUGGGGGCUCUCGCCGGAGAUGAUCGCCGAUCAGCAGUGGCGGGCCUCCGCCACCCACGGCAGCUGGUACGAUAACUGCCCCUGGCAUCUCGACAGCUUCUUCGGCCGUUUCCACGACUCCGAGUCGUCGUCAUCGUCGGAGGAGGAGGAGGAAUCUUCCCACAACCAUUCCGGCGACUGAAUCAUCACCAUUAAUUUAUUUUUCCUGUUUAUUUAUUUAUUUAUUUAUUUAUUUGAUUUAAAUUGUAACUCGACGCUUUCUUUUGAAAUGUUAC